AUGGCCAGGGUGUUCCCAAUCGAGGAGUGGGCUCCUAACCAGCUGUCGCAAUCCCCGAAUCACCAUGACCAGACCUCGUGGCACGAUUCCUUCGAGACCAGCGAGGAGCCCGUGUCAAGAUCGAAUCUCAAAAGCAGCCAAAGAUCGCUGCCUUCUCGUGGGGAGUCGGAUCUCGCAGCUGGGCUUCAACACUUGUCUCUCGAUGACAACAGGGAACAGUCGCGCGAACAUGGAAAGAAGGAAGGGGGCAUACGUGGCUUACUGAGGAGGGCGUCGGUCUCGAUCAAAUCAAAGAGACAAAGGCGGCAUUCGCAUGCCGUAGAGUCGCGGCCAUCGACGGCUUCUGCGCCAUGGCUGCAUAGACUGAGAGAAGCGGCCAGCUUCAGCAGGCACUCGAAAAUGGUGCACCCUGAUUUCGACUAUGAAGAAGAUGAUGUUGGUGCGUGCGAUGAUUUGACGUCUCCUAUACCUGGAUAUGGCGAUGCCCCUCCGAUCAUCCCUCAUGGAAGUGGUGGAGCCGCGGCGCGGGCAACGGCUGCCGCCCAAAACGAGUUCUACGAAAGGCAUCGUCACCUCCUGUCAGCGGAAGAUCAAUGGGGGGACCGCGAGAGUGGAAUUGGCAUUGCCAUGACGACCGAACCGGCCUCGCGCAAAGAGACCACAAUCAGCCGCAUCGACUUCAUCUCCCUUCUACCUGUCGAACUCGCGAUCCAAAUCCUGGCUCAUCUGGACCACCGCACGCUUUACAAUACAGCACUGGUAUCUCAAAGCUGGGCUCGGGUAUCGAGAUCUCAACAUGUGUGGCGUGAGGCGUUCUUGAGAGAGAAAUCGAAGACGUAUGCAACGAGUGCGCCGGUCAAGCCAGGUUCCGGGCUUGGUCUCCCCCCUAUUAGGCCUGACAGUGAUUGGAAUCAUCUCUACCGGAUGAGACAGCAAUUGGAGCACAAUUGGAGGGAAGGCAAAGCAGACGCAGUAUAUCUCAACGGGCAUCUGGACAGUAUCUACUGUGUCCAGUUUGACGAGUCCAAGAUAAUUACUGGUUCACGAGAUAAAACUAUUCGAGUAUGGGAUUUGAAAACGUACACCUGCCAACUUGUCAUUGGCCCUCCAGAAGUUGUCGAGAAUCCUGCCAUCAUGACUGGAGAAGAUGGAGCACCCCUGCACUAUGCCACCAUGAUGGAUGCAAGUCGACAAGCUGAAUGUAUUCCAAAGGCUGUCUCCUUCCCCAUCUACCACAAUCAAUCGAUACUGUGCCUUCAGUACGAUGAAAACAUUCUUGUCACCGGAUCAUCGGACAGUACGUGCAUUGUCUACGAUAUCAAGAAGGGCUACGAGCCCAUUCAACAACUACGGCAUCAUGUUGCAGCUGUCUUGGACCUCGCAUUCGACGAACGGUACAUUGUCACAUGUUCGAAAGAUGUCAGUAUUUGCGUUUGGGAUCGAGCUACGGGCGCUAUGCUGAAACAACUCCGGGGACACGAGGGUCCAGUAAAUGCAGUGCAGAUGAGGGGCAACACGAUCGUCAGCUGCAGCGGCGACUUCACAGUCAAAUUGUGGAAUAUCGAUACUGGCAGGAAUAUCCGCGAGUUCUCUGGCCAUACUAAGGGUCUUGCUUGCAGUCAGUUCUCCGAUGACUCGCGAUUCAUUGCAUCCGCGGGCAAUGAUAAGGUCAUUCGCAUCUGGGACGCAAACACGGGUGAAUGUCUUCAGAAGAUUGAAGCGCACGAAAACCUUGUUCGAUCCUUGCACAUCGACUCGGUCAGUGGAAGGUUGAUCUCUGGCAGCUACGAUCAGGAUAUCAAAGUGUUUGAGAUGGAGAGCGGACGACUACUUCUUGAUUUCCCGAAGUGGCACUCGAGUUGGGUGCUUGGGGCCAAAUCGGAUUACCGGCGCAUUAUCAGCACGGGUCAGGAUCCUAAGAUCCUGAUCAUGGAUUUCGGCGCGAGCAUCCCGGGGAUUGAGCUCUUGGAGAGUACUAGAUGA